UCACUAACAAGAUAUACUCAUGGUACAAGAUCUAAAAUAUGUUUAAGCAAUGACAGUAAGAAAAAGAAUCAAAGAUGGCGCAGAGCCGCCAUAUUAAUUUACGCAUGUGCAUUCGUGACAUGAGAAGCAACGCAUGUGCAUUUGUGAUAUAACGAGUAACGUUUGACUUGCAACUGAUAUUUUCUUUUGCAAAGUUUCUAACACUUUCGCCGAGAUAUUGAUCAAUUGCGAUUACUUGCAAGCAAUUUUCAUCACUUUGAUCGAAAUAAUUGCAUGAUACAGAAGCUAUUUGAGUGUGUAUUACGUAUUAUGUCUACAUAUGUGACUCUUGGUGGACACUGAAUUUUCAACACACGUUUUUCAUUUGUCGGAAUUUUCCCAAGCAAUGCAUUGACGCAGAAAAUCAAUCUUUUUGGACAGAAUAAGAUCAGAUUUGACACUGGGAAGUCAUAAGACGCAUUUGACCAAGAUACGAGACGAUACAUUUCGUUAAAUGAUUCUAACCUGUGAGGAUAAGAAAAAGUGUCAAAAUAAUUUUAUCUUUAAUAAAUAUAUGUGUGGGAAGAUUAAUAGAAGAAGAGACAGUCACGACGGUCAAUUCUUGGCCAAUAAGUUGUUCCUGUUGCGACCUAUUAAGCAACCGAUACGAGUGGCAUGCUGUGGAACACGACAACAAUGUCAACAAACUUACGAUACAUCCUUCUGUUUAGCGAACGCUAUGUUUUAUGGAAACAGAAUAAAGUGAAAUAGUGUUUACUAUUAUUUAUAGCUAUAGGAAGCUGUAUUGUACAUUGAACUUUCUUUCUCUUGUACUUAUUCGUUUGUUCGUUUAUUUGUUGUUCGGUUUGUUUGGUAAAGUCGAGUCUACAUGAUCUUCAAGACUUUGGUUUAGUAUCCAUCAUAUUUUACGUAUACACAUAUUUACGUAUAUUUUACGUAUAUAUAUAUCGACGCUUCAAAAAUUCACAUUGUUUGUAUUUGUAUAUAAAUUGACGGUAUCACGACGAAUUUCAUCAUGAGACUCAUUACUGUGGAGAAAUUAGCUGAAAUUCAAAAGACACCGGCUAAUAUACGAAAUAUUUGUAUAUUAGCUCACGUAGAUCAUGGCAAAACCACUUUAGCAGAUUCGCUAGUUGCCAGCAAUGGAAUCAUUUCUAAUAAGCUUGCUGGUAAAUUACGAUAUUUGGAUAGCCGUCCUGACGAGCAGCUGCGAGGAAUUACAAUGAAGUCAAGCUCAAUUGCUCUUUAUCACAAAUACAAUUGUCGAGAAUUUGUUAUUAAUCUGAUCGACUCUCCAGGACAUGUAGACUUUGCUUCUGAAGUCUCAACGGCUGUUAAAUUAUGCGAUGGUGCUUUCAUCCUAAUCGACGUGGUAGAAGGUGUGUGUCCGCAGACGCGCAGUGCUUUAUCCAUUUCAUACACAGAAGGUUUGAAACCAAUCUUGGUAUUGAACAAAAUGGAUAGAUUGAUUGCAGAAAUGAAAUUGUCUCCUUUGGAUGCUUACGUGCAUCUGACGCAAGUUUUAGAGCAAGUCAACGCUGUAAUGGGAGAGUUAUUUGCCAGUGACAUAAUGGAGCGUGAAGAAAAGGAAGAGUUGAAAAAAGAAACGGCAGAAAGUAUGUCCGAAAGAAACAUAGAAGAUUGGCAGUCUGUGCUAGAGGAGGUAGACGACUCUACUUUAUACUUCUCUCCUGAACAAGGUAACGUCCUAUUUGCCAGUGCUACAGAUGGCUGGGGAUUUGGCAUCAAAGAAUUUGCCGAAAUAUUUUCGACCAAACUAGGCUUUAGCAAGAAGGUUUUAGAGAAGACGCUUUGGGGUGAUUAUUACGUAAAUACGAAAACAAAGAGGAUCAUGAAAGGGGCUCAAGAGAAAGCAAAAAAGCCCCUGUUCGUUCAACUUAUUUUGGAUAAUCUGUGGACUCUGUACGAAACGAUAAGUAUCCGUAAGGACAAGGAUAAGAUAGCUUCGAUGGUUGAGAGAUUGGAUAUAAAAUUGACAACGAGAGAUUUGAGACAUACAGAUCCUAAAACUCAAUUAAAAGUAGUUUUUUCCCAGUGGCUACCUCUGUCCCGUGCCUGCCUCGAUGCCAUAUGUGAAAUAGUUCCAGCACCGUGUCGCUUAACUUCAGAGAAAAUAGAACGUUUGCUCAGCGGAAACUUCGAUUUCUCUACAUUGCCAGAGGAAACGCAACAGUUAAAAGAGAAGUUCUUGGCUUGCGAUCCUUCUCCCGUAUCACCCACCAUUGUGUUCAUUUCAAAAAUGUUUCCAAUAGAGAGAAAGAUGCUGCCAGAGAAUAAACCUAAACCGUUGACCCCAGAAGAGCUGGCCGAACGAAGGGAAAUGGCAAGACUGAAACACGCGGAGAAAAUAAAGAAGGAACAACAAUCGGCGAAAGAAUCUGGCCAGCAGAUGCAACAGGACGUCAACAGAUGCAAUUCGAAUUACUCUGAUGAGAUUUCAACGCGAUCGGAAAGUUCAGUUUCCGAUGAAGACGACGUGAACGAUGAAAAUUCGGACACUACGUUGAUAGCGUUUGCUCGAAUAUAUUCCGGAUGCCUGAAAGAAGGAAGUGUCGUGUACGUUCUAGGACCAAAGCACGACCCACGUGACGUCUUGAAACGACAGAGAACGGGCGAGUUCUCGAUAGACGAGAACGUUCCAUUGAAAGACCUAAAACCUGGGAGACACGUGAUCAGAGUCACUAUACGAAAGCUAUAUCUUUUAAUGGGUAGAGAAUUAGAAUCUACGAACAAAGUGUUUGCUGGAAACGUAUUUGGAAUCGGCGAUUUGGAAGACUACGUGUUGAAAACAGCAACGCUUUCCACCACCGUUGCUUGUCCAUCAUUCUCAGAGUACACUUCGCUCGAUACACCGAUAAUGCGAGUAGCUCUUGAACCGAAACAUCCCAAUGAUCUACAAUCGUUGAUCAACGGGUUGAAAUUGCUCAAUCAGGCAGAUGCUUGCGCCGUCGUUCACAUCCAGGAAAGCGGGGAAAUUGUGUUGAACACUGCUGGAGAAGUGCACUUGGAGAGAUGUUUGGAAGAUUUGAAGCUACGCUAUGCAAAGGUUGACAUAAACGUGUCGGAGCCUAUCGUGCCGUUUAAAGAAACGGUCGUACCUCCUCCCAAGGUUGACAUGGUAAACGAAGUGAUCGAGAAGAAAGCCGAGGACGUUAGUUGCGGAACCUGGUCUCCGAAUCGACGAUGUUACUUUGAAAUCGAUGCGAGACCUCUGCCUGAGAAAGUCACGAAAAUUUUGGAAAAGAACGUCGAUCUGAUAAAGGCGUUAUAUCAUUACUAUGGGAAAUUGCGUUCGGAAAGAGAAGUGGAGGGAAGCGAAGAAGUCACCGUGAUUGAUCAUGAGAUGGAACCUUUACAUUCGAUGUCGGAGAAGAAGCAACGAGCGUUGGAAUCGUUCAAAACCGAGUUGGCUACUGCGUUUCGAGAAGCAAGCCAAGAAGAUGUAUUGGACAAAAUAUGGUCGUUCGGACCGCGAAACUGUGGGCCCAAUAUCUUGUUGAACGAAACCGAUUAUGAGCACAGAAAAUUUUGGGAAGGCCACUCAAACUCUACGGACCCACGUGCUCCUUACGAAAGCAGUAUGGUCAAUGGUUUCCAAUUGGCAACGCUUGCCGGACCUCUAUGCGAGGAGCCUAUGAUGGGUGUCUGUUUUGUCGUGAAGAAGUGGGAAAUUUACCAAGAAUCACAAAGCGAAAAUAGCAGUCAAAAUCAAGGACACAUGGACGGCGGCCACUUGAUGUCAGCAUGCAAAGAAGCUUGCCGUCGUGCAUUCAAUUCAAAACACCCUCGAUUAGUCACUCCGAUGUACAGCUGCAACGUUCUAGUCAAUUCGGAUGUAUUAGGAAAAUUGUACGCGGUAUUCGGUAAGAGACAAGGCCGUGUGAUUUCCGCGGAAAGUGCUCUUGGAUUCGGUGGACAGUUUCGCGUGCUUGCGACUUUACCCGUGCCAGAGAGUUUUCAACUUGCCAGGGAACUGCGAACUCAGACAUCUGGGCUGGCUAGUCCUCAAUUGGUUUUCAGUCAUUGGGAGGUUAUCGAGCAAGAUCCUUAUUGGACACCUUCCACAGACGAAGAGUACCUACACUUUGGUGACAAAGCAGAUAGCGAGAACAGAGCUAAAAAAUAUAUAGAUGCAGUCCGCCGUCGUAAAGGUUUACCCGUGGAUUCUCAAUUGGUUACGCAUGCAGAAAAACAACGAACUCUUUCCAAGAAUAAAUAAUUCUGGAUUACUAAAACUCCAUUUCCAUUUUGGCUGUGUGUACCACACAACGCGUUGCGUUGUUUCUCUCAUAUGUAUCUAUACAUAUACAGUUGUGUCAUGAAAAGUUUAUAACGUGAUCAUUGAUUUAUGAUACAUCUGACGGAGUGCAUCUUAACGAGCGUAACUAUUAAGUCCGUUUAAGUGACGUUCGAUUUGUAAAUCUUUUUCAUUUUAUGCAAUUAUAUUACAUAAUAUCAUAAUGGUUUUUGAAAAUUUGGAAAUAAAUUAU